AUGACCACACAACCCGUGAUUAAAUCAAGAACCAGGGUUCCGUGUGGCGCCCUGAUCAAAUUGGCUGGACAAACAAACGGGGCAAGCAAGCGGAUGAGAAUUGAAGGUGGGGGACGGCACAGAAGCUGUAGCCUGUACGCUGUGGCCGGAGCUGCGGAGGCGGUGGUGUCCAGCACAUCUGUAACGGCGGCAGUGGCGAUCCGGGCAUCCGACCUUGGGUUGCGCCGCUGUUGCUACUGUAGCUGUCGGCGAAUCCAUGCGGCCAGCAGUAACAGCACCACGGCAGAAAUUUGCUGCCUGGAGACGAAGAGGAGUAGCAAAAGCUCGAGCACCUUCUUGGCAUGGCCUCUACCGAGCUCAUCUACGGGCUACCUCUGCCAAGCGCACACGCCGCCGCCGUCGCCCGCGCUGCUCCUUGUGCUGCUGCCCGCCGUCGUGCCUCGCAUCGCCGCCUCGACAGAUCCUGCGUGA